CAACCAGACGACGGAAGUGGCCGCCUGACUGCUUGUUUGUGCGCAUGCGUUCUUCUGCUGCCUUGCUGCCGCUCUUCAGUCGCUACUUUGUUCUCUCUCCCCUCCUUUUCUCCAGGCGAGGGGUUUUGCUUGCCUGUAGUUGUGGUUGCACGCCCAGGCCCCUGUGCUAUUCUUGUGGCCCUUUCACCAUGGCGGGCAUUCUCUUUGAAGAUAUUUUUGAUGUGAAAGACAUUGACCCGGAGGGCAAGAAGUUUGACCGAGGUAAGUAAGUGUCUCGACUGCAUUGUGAGAGUGAAUCUUUCAAGAUGGACCUUAUCUUAGAUGUAAACAUUCAGAUUUAUCCUGUAGACUUGGGUGACAAGUUCCGGUUGGUCAUAGCUAGUACCUUGUAUGAAGAUGGUACCCUGGAUGAUGGUGAAUACAAUCCCACAGAUGAUAGACCUUCCAGGGCCGACCAAUUUGAGUAUGUAAUGUAUGGGAAAGUGUACAGGAUUGAGGGAGACGAAACUUCUACAGAAGCAGCCACACGUCUCUCUGCCUAUGUGUCCUAUGGGGGCCUGCUCAUGAGGCUGCAGGGUGAUGCCAACAACCUGCAUGGAUUUGAAGUGGAUUCCAGAGUUUAUCUGCUGAUGAAGAAACUGGCCUUCUGAACCACCUGGGAAGCCAACCUUGCUGCUUAGUCACUCAGGACAUGGACAUUUGUUCAGGCCUGGGCAGCAGUUGCCGUUGUUCACCUGUUAAAGAGGAGCUGGAUCUCUGUCCACCUAAAGAUGUGGGGGUGUAUCUGUAGGUGGUCUGGACUGAAUGGAAAACUGGCCUGUGGGAGAGUGUAAAAUGAAU